GAGGAGAACGACAGAGCGAGAGAGCGCGGCGCUCCCGGGCCGGCUCGGCCCCCUCCGCUCACCAUCGCUGGCCCUUCGCCGCCUUCCUCCGCCUCCACCUCCUCUCCCCCCCCCCAAGUUGAGGCCCCCUCCGGGGGGGGGAGGCCCAGGACCCGGGGCGAAUUCCCCCUAACUCCCUCAACCCCUUCCUCUGCCCGGCCCAAGUGUGAAGAGAAGGGCCCGGCCCGGCCCGCGUCGUGUGUGAGGAAGACCCGGAGCGGCCCACGGGCCGUCUGGGGCCUGGUCCGGCCCGCCCGGUGGGUGAAGACCGGGGCCCGGUGCGGCCCGGCCCCAGCGCGAGCGGAGGGGAGGGGCCUGGUUGGCCCGGCCGGUGCGUGAGGACUGGGUCCCGGCGCCGCCGCCGCCGCGAUGGCCCAGCAGCAGAUGACCAGCUCGCAGAAGGCCCUGAUGCUCGAGCUGAAAUCCCUGCAGGAGGAACCGGUGGAGGGCUUCCGGAUCACCCUGGUUGAUGAGUCCGACCUCUACAACUGGGAGGUGGCCAUCUUCGGACCCCCUAACACUCUCUACGAAGGCGGCUACUUCAAGGCGCAUAUUAAAUUUCCUAUUGACUACCCAUAUUCACCACCUACCUUCAGAUUCUUGACCAAAAUGUGGCACCCCAACAUUUAUGAGAAUGGAGAUGUAUGCAUUUCGAUUCUUCAUCCGCCUGUAGAUGACCCACAGAGUGGAGAACUGCCCUCUGAAAGGUGGAAUCCUACUCAGAAUGUCAGGACUAUCCUGUUAAGUGUAAUCUCACUGCUUAAUGAGCCCAACACCUUCUCCCCAGCCAAUGUGGAUGCUUCAGUUAUGUUCAGGAAAUGGAGGGACAGUAAAGGAAAAGACAAAGAGUAUGCUGAAAUCAUUAGGAAACAGGUUUCAGCCACUAAGGCUGAAGCAGAAAAGGAUGGAGUGAAGGUCCCCACAACCCUGGCGGAAUACUGCAUCAAAACUAAAGUGCCUUCCAAUGACAACAGCUCAGAUUUGCUUUAUGACGACUUGUAUGACGACGACAUUGAUGAUGAAGAUGAGGAAGAGGAAGAUGCCGACUGUUAUGAUGAUGAUGAUUCUGGGAAUGAGGAGUCGUGACGUGCUCCUUUGAUGCCCCUGUACUGCCCUGCCGUCUCAGGCCAAAGGGAGGGGAGCAAGUGGGGACCUAGCAGUGGCCCCUCAGCAAAAACCUAUUCACAGGGGGUGGGGAAAACAAACACGGCUCCUACUGACUCCCCUUAUGGAUCUCAGUUUGCUCCUUUUUAUGGACCUCUUAAUGGAGAGAAAGUAACCCUCCACAGAAUGUCUGAAUUCUUGCAUUCUUUACCCUUCCAUCACUGUAUUGAUUCUUUUUUAAAAAAAAAACAAAAACAAAAACAAAAAAAAAAACAACCCAAACUCCCGCCUCACUUCGUCUCUACAAAGUGUUCACAACAAAACACGUUUGGCCUGUUUUCAGAUUCUUGAAGAAAUUAAAUAGUCUUUCAUCAAGACAUUUAAUGUAUUUAAAGCUGGGAACCCAUUGGGAGUUCACAAGUGCUGCAUAUAUACUGGGUAGCAAAAGAAGAUGAAAACACACACACACACACACAACCCCACAAAACAAACUUAAAAAAAAGCAGAUUUGCCAAGGUUUAGCUUCUCAUUUACAUUAGUGUGUAUGCAUUUGUUCAACUCCGGUAGCGAAUUUUCUUUUUCCUUCAUAAGGCUGGGGUACAGUGGGUGCCAGGGACUUUGUGCUAAGCCUGAUAAAGUGUGUUCCUGAGGGCCCAGGGCUUCUUCAGCCUCCGUGAAAUCAUCCUCACAUGGAGGCCUCAGCUACUCUUAGAAAAAUCAGAAUUUGUUUUUUGAAAUCAAUUGGGAUCUAAAGCCUAAAAUAAAUAUUCAUACUUUACAUAGAA